UUGGUCGAGGGGGAUGUCGACGUCGGAGAUUUUGCGGCCGUGUGGGGAGAAUUGGUAGAAUUUGAGCUGGCCGGAGAAGUCAAAGCGGCCGACUGUGCGGAGGUCGCCGGAUGGGGUGAUUUGGAGGUGGUAAGGGAGGUCGUCUUCGGACAUGGCGAGGAGGCGGCCGUUGAAGAAGACGAGGCCGGCGUUGGCGAGUCCGGUGCCGUGGGAGGGGUCGAGGAGGUUGAAAGCGGCGCGGGUUUGGAAGAGGAGGAGACGGGCCAGGCCGAGGUGGCCGUGGAGUUGGCCGAUGGGUUUGGGGAAGAGAGGGCGGUUGAGGGAGCGUUCUUGGAGGAGGCGGCUGGUGAGGAACCAAUGAACGUGCAAGAGGGCAGCAUUAACGCAGGGUGA